AUGGGGAAAAUUAGGGUUCAGGGUAUCGAAUCGAAAAGGAUAUGGAGAGGAGUGGACUUCAAUCCUCCGGAUGAGUACGAACAUGAAGUUCCUGGCUAUGCUGAUGGAUUGAAGAUGUUAACAGUGAAAUUGCGGCAUAGUGGUGGUUUUAUUCUCCAGCGUGGUUACAAAUAUGUAGAGGGCGAGGCUGAGUAUUUUGACGACGUGAAUUACAAGUUGCUCACAGUUGAAGCUUUGUAUAAGCUAAUUGACAAGACUGGGUAUUGUAGGCCACAUAAAUUGUUCUAUCUUGUGCCAGAUGAUGUGGGCACUCUCAAGUUUACAAGGAUUGAAGAUGAUGAAGAUAUCGGUAGACUAAUUGAGAUGAAGACUCCCCACGGGUUGGUGAAAGUUUUCAGGAUAGCUUCAACUGAGUUUGAUCCAUUCUUGAAGAGUGUCCGGGUUGAUAAUGAGGUGGAUAGUAAUGAAGAUGAGGACAAUGAAGAUGAAGACUAUGUUGAUAGUGAAUUUGAGAUGAGUGAAGAUGUUGAAUAUUUUAGGAAAUAUGUCGAUGAAAGGCUGGAAUCGACUACAUGGUGCUCAUAUAGAAGUGAAUCAGAGUUUGUACGACAUGAGAAUGUUGGGGUGGGAACUGGUAGUGGGGAGAAUGAUAGUGAUAAUGAUUGUAGGUCUUGUGAUGAUCUGCACAGCAUAGCUGGAAGUGAUGAAGAUGAUGAUGGUGAAUGCCAUGAACAGAAAGACCUAGUGUUUGACCCAGAGAAAGACAUGGGGAACCCAAAAUUUCAGCUGCAUCGGCAAUUUGCAACCAAGUGGAUUUUAUUGGCAGCUCUAAGACAACAUGGAAUAAAGGACAGGAGAAAGAUCAAUUUUCAGAAAAAUGAUAAGUUUGUCAGAGGAUACUGUGAGAAUCACAAUUGGGAGGUUUAUGGAGUGAAAGUUGACGAUGAAAAGGAUCCUACAUUUCAAAUUAGGAUAGUGAACACCAAGCACACUUGUGGAAGAGUCAACAGCAGCAGAAAUGUGAACUCAGACAUAGUUUCAUAUUGGUACGUUGCUGAUUUUGCGGAUGAUCCUAACAUCAGGGUGAGUCACCUGCAGUUUAGGGUUUUGAAUGAGCAUAGGCUGACUAUUUCUCGGACACAAGCAUGGAAUGCAAAGAGAAAAGCUCUUGAAAAGGUUAGGGGGAAGAUCACAGAACAAUAUGCAGAUUUAGAGUGCUACAUGGAAGAAGUUACAAGGGCUAACCCAGGGACCUCAAUUCAGGUGAUAUGUGAGGAUGAUGAUCCCAAUAGGAACAAGAAGAAGAGGGAUUGGAUCAAUAAAAACUUUGUUGUUAUUGAUCCAAAGAUUUUUAAAAAAUUGGAGACCUACAAGGAUAGAGCCACAGGAUUUAGCUGCGAAUAUGAUGGAAAUGGGAAGUAUGAGCCACCAGUGGAUCCACCUCAGCCAAAAAAGAAAGGCAGGCCUCCGAAGGCUAAAAUAACUACCAACAAUGCCGAACCACGUGUUGGUCAAAAGAGGAGAAGGGGUCCGAAACCAAUGCCAAACUCCUUCUGUGUAUAUUGCAAAGUCACAGGACACUUUGUAUCAAUCUGUCCAGCGUUAGAGAAGAGAAGAGAGAAAAAUAAGGCAGCGGAGGCAAGACGGAAUGAUCCAAUUGUGGAGGACACUCCAAAUAUUGACAACUUGCAACAUACAUUCAAAGUUUCGCAGGCUAUUAAAAGUUCUGAGCGAUCUGCAUCUGUUAUGAAACUGGGGCGAAUGGAACAUGCAACUGGUGCGGGUGAUUUGGGUCAUCACCAAACAGGACAAACUGCAGCUGUUACUGCACAGGUCAUAGUCUCAUCUGAGGAACCAGGUGUGUCUCACGCAAUGAAGAAGAAAAAAAAGGCAAACAAAAACGUUUGUGCUCCCAUUAAGAGAAGGUGCAGUGCCAGGUUGAAAGCUGCUCAUGCUUUCAAGAAAAAGAAUGAUGGACUUGGAGAGACUGCGGCUGAGCCUGUUGUGUUGGAUGACGAGUGCCCAGAACAAAUAAAGAAGCCAAAAUCUACCAAAGCCUGA